UGGGAGGGUAACCAUGGUUUAGUAUCUACAGAUAACAACACAACUCUCUUCUCUCCUCAGUAUGUCUCUUAAUGGAAGAAAUGUACAGUAGGUGUAAAGAGGACAAAAAUGAUUCCACUGUGUCUGGUGUACGCAUGAAAUCAGAAAGGGUGGGUAUGAGCCAGGCCCCAAGUAUACCCAUCAUCAAAAUUCUGAAGAGCAUGGGUUGCUGCGGAGUACAAGGGGAGAAGGAGGAGGUGGAUGAGGAGAAAAGAAUGAAGAAAACAAAUAAAGAAAUCGAAAAACAAAUACAAAAGGAUAAACAGGUGUACCGAGCUACCCAUCGUCUGCUGCUCCUGGGUGCUGGUGAGUCUGGUAAAAGUACGUUAGUAAAACAAAUGCGUAUUCUCCACAUAGAAGAUCCUUUCUCAGAGGGAGAGAGACAGGAAAAGAAGGAAAAUAUCCGUACCAACGUCAAGGAUGCGAUCCUUACAGUAGCCCAGGCGAUGUCGAUGAUAGAUCCUCCGGUGCGAUUAGAAAAUCCGCAAUCAGCACCUGCAUUCGAUUUUGUAAUCAGUCGGUGCAGCUCGGUGGAUUUUGACUUCCCUCCCGAGUUUUGGGACCACGUGGAGGUGUUGUGGGCGGAUCCCGGGAUGAAAAUGUGUUUUGAGAGAUCAAAUGAAUACCAGCUUAUUGAUAGUGCCAAGUACUUCUUAGAUCAGAGAUAAAAAUGAAAUGAUAUAAACAUGAUUUCAAAAGAUCUUCGAUAUUUACAUAUUUUUUGACCAGGGAUAUUUGAGACGAAGUUCCGCGUGGACCGGGUCAAGUUUCACAUGUUCGACGUUGGCGGCCAGCGGGACGAGCGCCGGAAGUGGAUCCAAUGUUUUAAUGAUGUCACGGCCAUCAUCUUCGUGGCGGCGUCGAGCUCAUAUAACAUGGUACUCAGAGAGGACCAAACACAGAACAGGCUGCGGGAGGCAUUAGAUCUCUUCCGAUCCAUCUGGAAUAAUCGUUGGCUGAGAACCAUAUCUGUGAUCCUAUUCUUGAACAAGCAGGACCUACUGGAGGAGAAGAUCAGGUCGGGGAAGAGCAGGUUGGAGGAUUAUUUCCCGGAGUUUGUUCACUACAUGAUUCCUCCGGAGGCAGGUCCAGAGAUAGAUCAGGGAGCAGAUAGAGAGUUCACUAGGGCCAAGUACUUCAUAAGGGACAAUUUCCUUCAGAUCAGCCAGCAGCCCAGUGGAGCUGAUUCUAAACAGCACAGUGCACAUCAUUGCUACCCUCACUUCACAUGCGCAGUUGACACUGAGAACAUUAGACGGGUCUUCAACGAUUGUCGAGAUAUAAUUCAGCGCGUACAUCUCAGAAUGUACGAAAUUCUAUAAAUUAAAUUUACAUAAAAAAACUAAAUUUCAACACGCAUUGGACUUUAAAUGGUUUUUGUUACGUCACGGCGGGAAGAAACUCUUGCUUGAGCACUGAGAGCUGGGAGCACAGUAAGAAAUUUGAUUGAUGGAUUAUUCGGGCGCUUCGCAGCUCAGUGUUUUUUGGGGAAAAUUUGUGAAUUUCAUGAAAUCUCGUCACAGAUGAAAACAAGAGAAUAGUUAGUGAUAGAUCCUCCCUUAGAAGUUCCAGAAAAAAACCUUAUACAAACGAGUCAACACUGGCCUGGCAUUUAAAUUCGGCCAAGUGAAGAAGGAUAUUUUUUACAAGAAAUUCGUCAUCAUACGUUCUUUUAAAUUAAUACAGUGCGAGAUAUAUCCAUUGAUAAUGUUUGAAUAACCAACUGUUAAAUGAAGUUUAGCUUCAUAUAAGGUGUGAAAUCUCUGACUAUAAUUGAAUUGAUGUCGGUUCCUGGAUAUCCACACUGUAUUUUAGACAUAUACAGGACAGGACAGUAGGGCGAUAAAUAGAGUUUCUAAUCCCAACUCUUGCCAUAAUAAUAUGAUGCCAUGUGAUAAAAAAACAGUCAUUUUUGUUAAUUUACAUUUAUUGGUAAAACAGUUCCCAUUCGCUUUUCUUGUUUUAUUUUCCUUUCUAUUAGACUAUAACAUCGACUUGUUGGUGCCAUGAAGAAAUAGUAAACAUUUUCGUUCGGCAUCUUACAUUGAAUCCUUAUAGAAUCUGUUCUUUUAAAGCUAGAAAUGAUAUUAACAAAAAAUUUGUUUUUAUUUCAAGUUUUCUCCUAGAUCUCGACACCUUGAUAUUGAAGAAUGUAACUCCAGUGAAAUGUUCAUUUAGUCAAAUCUUCUGCACAAACAUAUAUUGUUAAAACUUGAUAAAAGAUGCCAAUUUUCAACCAUCCUCCCAACCCUCCCUCUCCUCCAUUCCGCCUUAAUAGUGCUGGGCUUUUUUCUAAUUUUUACCCAUUCCCAUUUACUUUAACAAUUCUUUUAACUUUCCUGCAAUUAUUUUUAGUUUUCUUCUUGUUUCCUAUUCUUUUUUUCUUUAACUCCUAUUUUGGUUGAUUUGAAUUUAUCCUACUUUUUUAUUUUUAACAUUGUAAUUUUGAAAAAUUCGACCCUUCGGAAAUUUUUCUAUUUUCUCUGUCGUUCGUGUAGUAAAUUUUGUUUUAAAGGCCCAGUUUAUAUUUCACAAUCCGAAAUUAUGUCAUCACACAACGAUCAAACCAUUAUUAUGGUCGAGUUAAAUUUUUGAAAUUUUUUCCAAUCUUUCACUCACUUUCCUCCCUCUUCCUUUCCCUUUCAUCUCGUCCUCUCUUCCUUCCCCCCUCUUCCUUCCCAUUAUUCUCCCUUCCCCCCCCCCUCUUCCUUCCCCGUCCUCUUCAUCUCUGCUGCCUCCCUCCCCUUAUCCCAGUGAAAAUGUUUUUCCCCCUGAUAUUAAUUUAAUUUCUUCUUUUACCACGCUGGUAUUUUAAGAUACAAUUUAACGGCUUGAAGAAUCCAUCCUGAACAUUUUAAUUUUUAUGUGAAAUGAUUUUCGUUUCUGAAAACGUCUCAAAAUUGGUGAAUAAUUGUUAUAUACAUAGUCUAAUAGGGCAACUUAAAAAAUUAUUUUAUUUUUGAAAUUUCGCUUUUAUUCACUGUUUUUCUAUGGAAAAUACUAGGUUAAUAAAAUUUAUAUGAUUUUAAGAUUAAGCUCAAAUAUUUGAAAUUUCAAAAAAAAAACUUCUGUUCAAAUAUUAAUUUAAAAUGUGAUUAAAAAUGGUUUUGCGGGAUACCCGUUGGGGGCGGACGUAAAAAAUGAAGAAAAAAAUCAUUUUUUUCGUUUUCCUAAUUUACAACAGCUCCUGUCGCAUUUUCUUCACUUUAUUUAAACAUUUUUUAGCUACAUACAUAUGUGCCAUAAAAAUAUUUUAUGUGAACUACAGUGUGUUACAAAAAUUGACAAAGUUUAACAUUUCUGUAACACACUGUAGCUGAGAUGUUGCACAUGAAAACAAGGGAUAAGAAAUGUUACAACGUGAAAAAAUAUACGAUAUUUAAUGUAAA